CAACUACAAAAAAAAUGGUAAUUCUGUCGGUAAUACAGAAAUGCGGACAUUGGCUACGUAGUUCAUGUUCCUGUUUUCCAAUGUCAAUAGAGGGCGUGUCUCAUUCGAGGAUCACCUAAAACCCGGCAGUUGCAGCUCUUGGGCUUCUCUGUGUUGUGAAAACGUAAUUCCGCGCGCCAGUUGGACGGGUCGCUGGCGGCUGGAUCCGCCCGUUUCGGCCGCCGUUGUACGGGCAAUGGGCAGAGUCUGCAGAGCCGGCGCGUUCGCGAUCGUCAAGCACGUCUGAAAGCUCGUCGGCCACCGCAGGAAUAAUGUUGAACAGCAUAACGAAACACAUUUUGCACUGCUGCCUGCUGCUCGUCGUCAUACUGGUGUUCGAGUUCGUGUCCGGUGGCCUUCGUUGGAACGAAGAUACGAGGGAGGAGAUCGACCCAUGGACAAGAUACGGCAUCAUCGGCGCGAUCACCCUGUACCUGCUGCGCACAGUGACGUUUCUCUCGCUGCCCCAGGUCCUGUUCAACUUUAUCGGAUUAACGAUAUACAAUGCAUUCCCCGACAAGGUAGACCUGAAAGGCUCGCCGCUGCUCGCGCCGUUUAUCUGUAUAAGAAUAGUGACCCGCGGGGAUUACCCGCAGCUGGUCAAGACCAACGUGAAGAGAAACCUGGACAAGUGCACAGAGGCCGGUCUGGAGAACUUCCAGAUCGAGGUGGUGAGCGACAAGCCGAUAGGCCUGACGCCGCAUCGCAGGGUGCGAGAGGUCGUCGUCCCGCUCAAUUAUCGCACGAGCAGCGGCGCCCUGUUCAAGGCGCGCGCCCUGCAGUACUGCCUCGAGAGCUCGGUCAACGAGCUGGCCGAUCACGACUGGAUCGUCCACCUCGACGAGGAGACCUUGAUGACCGAGAACUCCGUACGCGGGAUACUCAACUUUGUGCUGGACGGCAAGCAUCAGUUUGGUCAGGGCUUGAUCACGUACGCCAAUGAGGACGUUGUCAACUGGAUCACCACCCUGGCCGACAGCUUCAGGGUGGCGGACGACAUGGGAAAGCUGAGACUACAGUUCACCAUGUUUCACAAGCCUUUCUUCAGUAUGAAGGGGUCCUACGUUGUCACGCAGAUGGGAGCAGAAAAACAGGUUUCGUUUAAUAACGGCCUGGACGGAUCCGUCGCGGAAGAUUGUUUCUUUGCGAUGAAGGCGUUUUCCCAGGGAUACACGUUCAACUUUGUGGACGGCGAGAUGUGGGAGAAGUCGCCGUUCUCCCUCUGGGACUUUGUACAGCAGAGGAAAAGAUGGCUGCAAGGUAUAUUACUUGUCGUGCAUUCCAAAGCGAUUCCAUUGAGAAAGAAAUUGCUGCUGGGUAUCUCGUGUUACUCGUGGGUGACGAUGCCCCUCUCGACUUCCAACAUCGUUCUGGCCGGAUUAUGUCCGAUCAAUUGCCCGCCGUUGAUCGACUUUCUCUGCGCGUUUAUCGGCGCGGUAAAUAUCUACAUGUACGUGUUCGGAGUAGUUAAAUCGUUCUCUCUGUAUCGUUUCGGCCUCGCCCGAUUUAUGAUGUUUAUAUGCGGCGCGCUGUCCACUAUUCCGUUCAAUAUAAUCAUCGAGAACGUUGCCGUGAUCUGGGGCCUGUUCGGUAAGAAGCACAAAUUUUACGUCGUUAACAAGGAGUACAGGCCGCCGGUGACUGUAUGAUGCGUCAUCGGUUUAGAGCUAUUAUCUAACUGGCGCAUACCGUACAACAGCGUAAUGUUUCCAUUGUUCAUGUUCACAAUUAGUACCUGUAAAUUUCUAUAAGAAAAUAUAUCACUGUCACAAACGUAAUAUUUAUAAACUAGUAUUACGUAGGAAUUGCGAGAAUUCCUAAGAUAGGUCGGUUCAUCAAUUUCAGAACAGGCAGAAAUGAACGACGUAACGUGUGCAGCAAAUAGGCAGGCACAGUAUUAGAAACGUAUUCUAUAUUGGCAUUAAAGUAUUGCCAAAGUUGAGAGUAUUAAUUUGUCAAAAAUAUAUUUAUACCAAUAUUAUGUUCUCAUAGUGCAAAUUAGACAUGUCAUAUAUGUACUUUGAUCUCAUGUAAAUGUUUAGCACUCGUUAAGUUACAUAUCAUUUUACAUGUUCCUUUUCUUGCACCGAUUCUUAUCGUGUUCAGAAAUAUCUUACUUUUGCCAUAUCGUAGUUUUCUCAUCUUAAUAUUAUUUCACAAAGUGUUACGCAUAUCAUAAUAAUAAUUUCAUAUUAAUAACAAUAAAUGUCUGAAAUGUCUAAAUUUUAGUUUAGAUAUCUGUUUUUUUUCCUAGUAAGAGGUCAUUUAAAUGCAUAAUUAAUUCGGAAAACUGUGAUAAAUCUUUCUUUCCUAUAUAACAUAAUAACAACAUCGUUGCUUAAAAAAUAUAGAAGCUUCUGUUAGAUCUAAUGCAAACACAAA